AUGUUGGCCGAUAACGAGUUUGAUAAUGCAACUAAAAAUCCGAUAUACAAAGCAGCUACGUUUUUGUUGGCAUCGAACCAGUUGAAUGUUGCUGAAUUUUUAAAAAGAGUUCAAGGGUGUAAUGUUUUGAGAAGUUUCGACAUGUAUAGAAAUAAAGCACAAAGAGAAUCUAACGAUUCGGAAAGUGAAUCUGCGUUAUUAGAGGAUGAAAAUGGAUUUUUUGUGGAAAAUAUUGGCAAUUCAAAGCCCUACGAUCACGAAAUUAAGAAUAAAUUGAUUGGAGAGAUGUGGCAGGAUGUUUUUACAGAAGAGGGUUUAUCACAGACACUGUCGAAAGUCGGCGUUAAAGUUAAUGAAGAUAUGACAAUUAAUCGAGGAGUUGAGAGCUAUUCCAUUCCUGGUUCCACUGACUCCAAUUCUAGUGAUGGUUCAUAUAAGUCAAAAAUUUCGUCCUCAACUAUUUCGCGUAGCGAUUUUUCUGCAUGUGUUAAUGAAGAAAAUAGAAAUAGCCAAUCUGAUGGAAAUAGAUAUAAGAACAUGAAGAAACAAAAAAAUCUUGAUCGAUUGGCUUCAAGUUGGAUUCGUAAUACUAAUCAAAGUAAAUCAAGAAUUAAUAAAAGGAGACGAGGAAAAGAAGUUCGUGGCAGAAAUUUCGAUGAAAUGUUGAAUUCAUUCGUUAAUUUCUGUCAAAAAAGAAAACAAGGGAGGCGAAAUAAAUAUUCCUCUGAGGCAUUUGUAGCUGCUAACAAAUAUCAAGAAGUUUUCAGUGUCAAAAAACCGAAAAUUCCGGUGCUAUUGGAUGAAAUAUCUGAGGAGUUGGAAUUACCACAAUUAGCUGAAGAAAUGGCGCGAAUUCUUGGUGAAAGAGAUACUUGCGACGUUGUUAAUAAGGCGAUUGUAGCUGUUGGAAAAGAUGCAGCUAUUAGAUUAUUUAAUCAGACGAAGAACGUGGAAAAAGCAGGUGGUUUAUUGGUGGCAGAUGGAAGUAGGAGGAGAACUCCUGGUGGUGUUUUUAUGUUUUUACUGAAGGUGGAUCCUGAAAUAAGCCACUCUGUGAAGCAAGCAAUUCGUGCCUAUAAAGCUGUUGGAAGCAAAAAACGAAGAAAUAAAGGAAGUAUGACGAAAAUCGCGAAUAUUAUCGAGGACAAAUUGAAUGAAUGUAAUACGGAUGUUCCAAUGGAAAUGGAAACUUAA